AUGGGUGGCUCACCUCCUUGCGGCGAUUCGCUCCGGUCAGUAAAGGACCAUCGACGGCAGGCAAUAACCUCGAAGAAAUGGCCAUCGAAACCUGAGAAUGAUUCCUCAAUCACUUUCUCACCUAACGAUGCCAUCGGCGUCCACCUACCUCAUAACGACCCCCUACUCGUCGAAGUAGGAAUCGCGAAGUGUGACGUCAUUAAAGUUCUGAUCGAUACUGGCAGUUCGGCUGAUCUGAUCUUUCGAGAUACGCUUGAUAAGAUGGGAGUCGACUUGCGUGACAUGAAAACGUCGUCCCGCUCCCUCACGGGAUUCAACGGAGCUUCUGAGAUGAUAAUCGGGACAAUCAAACUCCCAGUCUAUGCAUGCGGUGUGACACGCACAGUCAAGUUCUCCGUCAUCCGAACAAAGGCUCCUUAUAACGCGAUCCUCGGGACCCCCUGGUUACAUUCGGUCAAGGCAGUAUCCACGACGUACCAUCAGUGCGUGAAGUUUCCAGGACUGAACGGCCAGGUGUAG